ACACAUUCGAAGUUUGUCGGUACAGUUUGAGUUGGUUUAAGCCGUUUUAAUUGUGUGUUUAAUGUUUAUAUUCGGAUUUUGAUCAAGGUGAAAGUUUUUUCAAAUCAAACUUUUAAAAAAAAUCAUGAAGAAAUCAUUAAUUUCCUUGUUCUUAUUGAUCUGCAUCCAAGUAAUGGUGUAUGAGGCUCUCGGCGCUGUUUUAAAAGAAGAACCAAGCUUGCAGAAAUGGAACUCAUUCAAGACUCACUUCGGGAAAAAAUACAAAACCGAACAAGAAGAUAAACAAAGGAUGAAAAUCUACUUAGAUAAUAUGAAUGAAAUAUCUCAACACAAUAAAGUGUUCAAAAAAGGCGAAGAAACGUACGAAUUAGAAAUAAAUCAGUUCUCAGAUUUGACCAGUAAAGAGUUUUCUCAGCUAUAUCCAUGUAAAGUUGAAACCAAUGUUACCGCAAGUAAGGAUUUUUUCGCCAAUGAAACAUUUGUAGGAGCAGCUGCUGCUCCGAAAGAAAAAGAUUGGGUCAAAGAGGGAAAGGUAACUUCGAUAAAAGAUCAGAGUCAAUGUGGCAGUUGUUGGGCUUUCGGAACGAUCGGAGCUAUAGAAUCACAUUUCGCCAUAGCAACAGGAAAAUUACAGGAUCUAAGCCCUCAAAAUCUGUUAGAUUGUACAGGGGGAAUCAAUAGUUGCAAUGGAGGUUACAUGAACCAGGCUUACGAUUAUGUAAUAAGAAACAAAGGAGUAGCUACCGAAAAAUCGUAUCCAUACCGUGGCCGAAAAGGCCACUGCCAGUACAAUUCAAACUCUAGAGGAGCGAGCAUCAAAGGAUACAAAUAUGCCAGUUCGAAUGAAGAAGCAAUCAAACAAGUUGUAGGUACCAUUGGGCCAGUUACUAUUGGAAUUAACUGCGGCGAUCUUUUACAACAUUAUCGAUCAGGAAUUUUCAAGCCACGAAAUCGUGGAUCCAGAGCUGGCCAUGCCCUUGUGAUAGUGGGCUACGGUAGCGAAUCAGGAACUGAUUAUUGGUUGGUGAAGAAUUCUUGGUCGACAACGUGGGGUAUGAAAGGAUAUGGUAAAAUUGUUCGCAAUCAGAACGCGUGUGGAAUUUCUAGAAGUGUCCUUUAUCCAAUAGGAGUUGUUGCAAUCAUGAAUAUGAUGCAAUCGUCCAUUUAUUUGUGCGUUCUAAUCUGCGUGCAAAUAUUAGUCCACGGUGCCAUCCAAAAUGACGAAGAGUAUAAGUUACAAAAAUGGAAUUCUUUCAAGGCUCAGCAUAGCAAACAAUAUGAAACAAUGGAAGAAGAGGAACGAAGAAUGAAGAUCUACCUGGAUAAUGAGAAAAAAAUCGCCGAGCACAAUGAACGUUUCGAGAAGGGCGAAGAAACAUACGAGAUGGGGAUAAAUAAAUUUUCAGAUUUGACUGAUCAAGAGUUCGCCGCGUUAUAUUUGACAAAAAUUGCUAUCAAUCGAAACAUAAGCAAGGAUUUUCACAUCCUAGAAUCAUCUGAAAAGGAUGCUCCAGAUAAGAAAAAUUGGGUCAAAGAGGGAAAAGUAUCUUCUGUAAAAAAUCAGGGUCAAUGCAGAAGUUGCUGGGCAUUUGCUACAGCAGCAACAAUAGAAUCUCACGUAGCCAUUCAGAAGAAUUCGGUAGAUUUUACAGAUCUUAGUCCACAAAACUUGGUAGAUUGUGUCAAGAAAAGUUACGGUUGUUGGGGAGGCCACCUCGAAUAUGCAUUUGAAUACGUACAGCAAAAUGAAGGAAUCGCAACAGAAAUAAGUUAUCCAUACGAAGACGAGCAAGGUGCAUGUCGAUAUGAUUCAAAUUACAGAGGGGCUACUAUUAAUGCAUACAAAUGGGGAUAUCCAAAUAAUAGCGACGUCAUCAAACUAGCUGUUGGCACCAUUGGUCCAGUCGCUGGUAGCCUUAAUUCUACAACACUACGCCAUUAUAAUAAAGGAAUAAUAUUCUCUAAAGAUUCUGAAAAUUCUGAAGGACCACACUGUAAGAACGAGAUAGGAACGGCUGAUCAUGCUAUUGUUAUAGUUGGAUAUAGUUACGAUAAAAAAUCAAAACUGGAUUAUUGGUUGGUGAAAAAUUCUUGGGGACCGGAAUGGGGUGAUAAGGGAUAUUUUAGAAUUGCUCGUAAUGUUAACAUGUGCGGAAUUGAGAAUUUUAUGAUUUACCCUACAGGAGUAAAAGGAAUAUAAUGUUUUUUUUAAAAAAAUAUACAUAAGUAUGUAGCUCAUCUGGAAUAAUUAUUUGAGCAAAGAAUAAAUCACUGAUAUGAUC